AUGUCGUCCGAAUCUCUGGCUGCGUUCCGCAAGCAUGCCGGUGAUGAUCUCGGGAAGCUCGCGGAAGAGCACAUGAAGCAUGACCUCCGAGAUUCCGACCGCGACAUUCUCCAACGAGCCGCGACCAAAGCCUCCAGACAUGCGCUGAUCGGAUCCCUGGCCGGCAUCGCGCUGGGCGGGUUUCUCGCGUUCCGGCUCCGCGCGAACCGCAACGCCAUGUACCAGGCGCUCAGGACCGCCGAGAAACCGACGCACGUGCGAUUCGCGGACGGGCGAGAAGAGGCCAUCCCCGACAUCACUCCGUUGCUGAAGCCGACGCCGCUCGGCGACAUCAUGACCUACACCUUCUUCGGCAUCGGCGGCCUGUUUCUGGGCGGCGAGACCGGCUUUCUCACGGGCAUGUGGGCGGCCAAGAGGACGGUGUCGGCGGAUCCCGAGGCGAAGCGGAGGAUCGAGAAGGCCUUCAGGUCGUUCCGUGCCGAUGUGAUGAAGAAGCAGAUUGAGGAUCUGGAGGGCGGGGAUAGUGACAGUUCCAAGGAGAUUCUCUGGACUUGA